AUCUGUUGCCGGAGGUUUUGCUGCCGGGCGAAGCCGAGAUCUUGGUGGAGUCGCUCAGGAGUUUCCAGCUGCGGGAUAUCGGAAGCCAUGACGAUAUUGAUAAUUAUACCUGCCUCACAGAAAUGGAGGCAGAGGUUUAUUUCAAGUGAAACAACUGCCGAAGAAGAAAAGCGUGCAUUGGCUGAUGAUGAAAAAGACAGCGGAGAACAAGCAUUGAUGCAGGUGGCUACGGCAACAGCAAAUGAUUGAAAAGUUGAACAUGCAAGCCAUACUGAGUGCUUCUGCUGGCCUUGAGCAGAUCCUUAUUGAGCUUCUGGUGAAUAAUGGCAAGAUCCCAACUCUCAUUGAAGAAUUAAUUACUGUGGCCAUUUGGAAGCAAAAAAUCUUCCCUAUACUAUGCAAACUGGAGGAUUUCAAACCAAAAAGCACAUUUCCUUUGUAUUUAGUGCUGCGACAGGAAGCUUCAAUUAUUAAUUUCUUGGAGACAGUAUUUUUUCACAAGGAAAUCUGUGAAUCAGCAGAGGAUACCAUUCUGGAUUUAAUAGAUUAUACCUAUAGAAAACUGACCCUGCUAGCAGCUCAAAGUGCCAAUGGGAAAAUACCAUUUGAACAAAAGUUUCAACCUGGGGAUCUUGCCAGUCUUUCAUCAAUGCAGGAACUAAAGAAGCAAGCUGAAAUGAUGGAGUUUGAGAUCUCAUUGAGAGCUCUUUCAGUGUUCCGUUUCAUUACUGAUGUGAUAGAGAGUUUGCCAGUAAGUGCUGUGACAAGAAUGUUGAAUACCCACAAUUUUCCAUGCCUUCUGGUGCAGCUGUUAGAGCAUUGUCCAUGGACCAAUCGUGAAGGAGGAAAAUUGAAGAAAUUUGAGAACGGUUCAUGGUAUGAAGUUACCCCUGAAGACCGUAUGAAGAUGACUAAAUUGGAUGGGCAAGUGUGGCUCGCUCUUUAUAACUUACUCCUUAGCCCAGAAUGCCAGCGCAAGUACGAAUUCAAUAACUUUAACAAAGGCCAGCUCCUCAAGCUUCGUGCCUUCCUGACCGAUGUUCUUGUUGACCAAUUUCCCAAUCUUUUGGAGAUGCAGAAAUUCCUGAGCCAUCUGGCUGUAACAGAUCCUGCUCCACCCAAGAAGGACCUCAUACUGGAGCAGGUUCCUGAAAUCUGGGAUCAAGUAGUCAGAAAAAACUCUGAAAAAUGGCAAGCAAUAGCCAAGUACCAAGUAAACAAUAUGUUUAAUCCUUCAGAAGAGGAGCUGAAAAGCCAGGCUUAUGGAUGGGCAAAGACAUAUAACCUGGAUGUAAUGGAAGCCCUAAUUCCAGAUAAAGCCAAGUGUGCAAUGUGUGGCUCUGAGGCCACAAAACGCUGUUCCCGUUGUAGGAACGAAUGGUAUUGCAAAAGAGAGUGUCAAGUGCAGCACUGGCAAAAGCACAAGAAAGCUUGCAACUUGAUUGCUGAUACGAUGAAGAAAAUACAAGAAGAUGUACAGAUGCAAGCAACAUCCAUUAAGUAAUUCUGAUGGUCAGAAAAAAAAGAUCUCAUUUAACAAUAUACAACAUUCAGAAUGACAGAGUAAAAAAGGCCACCAGGUUAAUAAUUAGUAAAAUACAUAGAAAGCUUUUUUAAAAGCAUUUGAUUUAACAAAUGUCAGACAAAUAUCUUAGAAAAAAACAUGAUUCUUGAAUUCUAGGAGAUAAGUCUUCUUAGAGAACUAUUUCUAGGGUCAUUUAGCUCCCUUAUGAAUAUCAUUAUCAUUUAUGUAUCCUAGAUUUUAGAUGAGCAUAUGCUGGAAUGCUCAAGCAUUAGUGUCAAGCUCUGAGUUUCUUAGAAAUUUGGAAGAGUUAAGUUUGGUUAUAAGGUUAUAAAUGGAGGUUGUUUUUUGUUUGUCACUCAAGCUUCUUUAGCUUCUGAGGCCUAUUUUGUAGUUUGCCUAAUGCUACAUACCUUUCCUAUGGUAUAUAUGCUUAACUAGUAUUUCUGCAGCAGUGAAUAACAUCAUAGGUAAUGAAACUGACUUGCAAGACUUCUUCCUUCUUAAAAACAGAAAUAGCUUGCAACCAUUUGAGAACAAAAAUCUGUGUCUUAAUUUUAAAAGGGCCUUUUUGGUUUAAUGAUAUUGCUAAGUUAAAAGACACAGAUCUCCUAAGCAUAACUAUUUCCGCACUGUUGGAGACUUUCAAAAUCUGAUUUUGUUGUAUCAUUUUUUUCAUUAGGACAAGAAUUUUAAGAUACUAGUUCAAUCUUCUGCUUUCAGCUCUGUGAAAUCACAUUGAUACAUAAGUCUGGUCUGAAUAAUUUAGAUAUAAUGAAAAAUGAGAAGGAUCAAGAGGUUGCAUUGUUGACUACACCACAGUUUCUGAAUUAUACAAGUGUUUGGUUAUAUUUUUUUCCAUGUCAGAACAACUGGCUAUGAGGGAAGAGAAGAGGAAAGGAUGUGGUAAAUUAAGAAUUUCAGUUUACUGAGCUGUAUGGUUUCACAGUUGAUGGUAUAUCACAUGACAUUUUCCAGCUAGUGAGAAAGCUGACUCUGUUAUUUAGUACUUAUUUUGUUAAUAAAAGAACACUAAUAAUCUGCUAUAUAUGAGUUUUAGUGCUGCUGAAUAACUAAUAAUCUUAUGCAAAAAAAAAUCACAGGAAAUGGAAUACAAUUCUAAAUGGAAAAUGUUUAAUAUCUAUUCUUAAUAUUUCUAAGAUCUUUAAUAAAUAACAAAUUUUAGUUUAUUUCUGAAAA